AUGGGCAAUUUGCCUGAGGCAAGAGUCGCUAAUUACGUUCGUCCCUUUGCCAUAACCCGAGUGGAUUAUGCCGGCCUUAUCAAGAUCAAAGAGGGUAGGCGUCGUAGGAGAGUACAUAGUUCCAAGGCCUACAUAGCAUUGUUCAUCUGCUUCCACACUAAAGCAGUGCACCUAGAGUUAGUGACAGAUCUAACGACUGAAUCAUUUUUGUCUGCUUUGCGUCGGUUCACAGGGCGCAGGGGCAAUUGUUCGCAACUGCAUUCGGAUAAUGCAACAAAUUUUGUCGGAGCAGAGAGAGAGCUUCGAGAGAUCUACAACUUCCUUCGAGAGCAGAAUGAAGUAAUACAAACGGAGCUCGCGAAUCAAAAAAUCGAGUGGUACUUCAUACCGCCGAGAGCACCUAAUUUCGGAGGACUCUGGGAGUCAAACAUAAAAAGCAUGAAGAAACAUUUCUACGUCGUGACCAAAGGACUCACGUUGACAUUUGAAGAGUGCUACACUUUACUGGUAGGAAUUGAAGCUGUCCUGAAUUCAAGCUUACUCCUAUAUCCAACGACGUUAGAGACGUUAAAGACUUUGGAAAGAGACUAUUUACAAGAGCCAGAUAACAGACUAAAGAUUUGGCAACAUUUACAAAAGGUUCGUCAAGAUUUUUGGCAAAGAGAGUACCUGGUGGAGUUGCAACGCAGGAACAAGUGGAUAAACGGCAGAGAGAAUUUGCAACCAGGUGUCCUAGUCUUGUUGAAGAAAGAUAAUCUGCCGCCUUUGCAGUGGGCUCUGGGAAGAGUUACUAAGGUUCAUCCAACUACCAACAAUGUCGUUCGUGUCGUCACAGUACAGACGGCCAGUGGGAAAUUCAAGAGAGCAGCAAGGAAUUUAUGCCCUCUACCUUAUGAACACUGUAUAAAUUGA